CCAGCUGGGUGAGAUUAUCCGUCUUAACAGAGUCGUUUCUGGCUCCAGUGAUUAUCAUGGAUUAUAAAAUCCUUUCUGUUCUCACAUCAGUUUUGGCUUUUUCCUCUUGGAGCUAUUAUUUCUCAGUUGAUAAACCAACAGAUCAAAGGUUGGUUAGUUUUCCAUUGCAAAUGCCGUCAGUAAAAAAGUUGGAAGAACGGGGAAGGAAAUUGAAAGAGCAGCAGAUUGUAGUUAUAAAGCAGAAAGAAGACUUCAAAACAGAACCUGUAAUAGACGUGACGACUCUUCAUCGCUCAGCAGGACUCUUCUUCACGUCUGCAGUCUCCACGUUGAGUGGAUCCCUCCCUCUUGGCACAGUCCUCACCAUUCUUCUGAUCCACGUGUGUGGAGGGAUCCUCCACCUGUUCUCCAUCAACGUCUUCAUGGACUUGGUGUUUGGGAUGAUCACUCUGCAUUACGUUAACAAAAUGAAGCGUGAGAGAAAAGAAUUACAGAGGAAGCUCCAGGUGAUGGAGCAGGACUGCAGAGAUGAAGCUGCUGCGCUGCAGGAAGUGAAGAACAAACUGAAGACAUGGAUGCAUCACAUCAGAGCCACAGCGGAGGACAUGGAGGCCGAGGCAGAAGAAACCAAACAGAAGCUUCAGGCACGAGAAAAAGAAGUGAACAUCUUUAACCAAUCAGAGUAUUUACUGGUAGGGAAUGAAAAUGUAAAGCAGGAAACUGGACAAGCCUGAGAAAAGACGAUAAGAAGAUUAAAAACUAGAGUUUAAGAUUAAAAACUAGAGUUUCUUGGAAACAGAGGGAGGAUAACUGAGAUAAUCAACGCAGAAAAUAUUUAUAUUUUUAUUGUAAAAAGUUGCAGAAUGAAAAGCCAUAAAGAUUUAAAAAUUAGAUUUAAGUUCAGAUAGAAAAUGUAAAUAAAUGCAAAUUUAUGAACCUGGUUACUGACUCUGAUGGUUUAUAUUUUUCAAUGUUUUUAUUUUAUUUCUGAUGACUGAAGGUAAAUUGUACUUAAACACAUUUUGUUAACUUUUUAUUAUUGGAGUAAUGCAAUAAUGACAUGUUUGUGCAACAUUGUGCUUGGAUGGUGUUUAAUUGUUUUUACCUGCGUUUUUACAUCGAUUAUAAAUUUAUCAAGAAUUUAACAAUGAAACUUGAUUUCUGUUUCCGACAAGAAAUCUAAACAAGCAAUAUAUUUGAGUAUCUGUUUUCUACUAGCAGACAAGAGCUUUUAUAUUGUAGUCAAACAUUUUAAAUUUAGUCUCACCAAUUACAACAGUCAUUAAAAUGUGGCGUCACCUUGUUAUUUUAUUUAUAUAUUUUUUUAUUCACUGAAUCAU